GAUGAUAAUCACAACAUUCACAUUAUUAUCACGUGAAAGCAAGACAUCUCUUGUUGAUAGUGUGGAACUGAAGUGACACUUACCUAAGGCAAGUGGCCUUGACAUUGACGUGAAUUAGUGUGGAGCAAUGAGUUUAAGUAUUCUUGUACUCAUCUGUGGGACAGUCUUCAAACAGCAGGACUGGAUGGAAAUGAUGAUACUUAAAGUAAUGUGACUUGAAGAUGACAUAAUAAUGAAAUGGAGAUGACAGUUCUUCAACAGUGGGUAUCUCCAAAGGUUUUAUGACUACAGCCUUUUCAUUGUUGAUAUGGUUGGAGAUCCCAAAUAUGCUGCAGUAUUGUGCAUCUGAGAAGUGUCUUUACUAAUGUGAUAUUUGUUUUUGACUUUUUAUUCCGGACUUGGUGGAAGGCGCAUUACUUAAGACUGGCGAUCUUUGGAUGAUACCCAGACCUUAUUCAUUCAAGACUACUAUAUUUUGAGAACUCUCAUUAUAUGAGAGAAUUCAAAAUUUGCAGACUGUUUGAGUGACUUUGAGUUUGGAAAGAAAUUACAGGUUUUCACCCUUCAGUUUUGAUGAGAAAGUUUUUUUCCUGCACUUUGCUUGAGGUGUGAAAGAAAAGAGCUCCAAAGCCUGCAUCAUGUGUGCCUUGUACAGUAAUCACGUGGAUGUCACGAAAAAGGAUAUAAAGAGAAGUCAAAACACCAACUAUCUGUCCAAAAAAAGUGAUGAUAGAGGCAGUCUUAGAAGUCUUAAGAGAUUUCCACCAGAGGGCGAGGCCUAUGUCUCCAUCAACAGGAGCCACCCUGGUCGUGUAUUACACCGGCUCUCAGAGACAGAUGCCAUUGGGGUUGACAGCAUCCAGACUACAGAAGAAGUAAAAAAAUAUCACACCCAACAAUCCCGUCACUUGCCAAACUGGGCCUGGUUCGUCCUCGCAAAAUCUCUGGGCAUCAAACUUCACGAGCUCGACAAACCAUGGUUUGGAACGCUCCUGCAUGUGCUGACGUUAGCUUUUGGUAUUGGCUACAUGAUCACCAAUACCUGGUUUAUAGGUUAUGAUAUUUAUAGUUUGUACACCAAGCAGACAUUGAUGACAGGUUGUGUUAACAUGCUGGUGGGGUUGGUGUGGAGCGCCAUGGGGGUGUACGCAAACCUGGUGGCAGGAAACUUGUUCAGUAACAGGAAGUUUAGAGAGUGUGUCAGGAUGCACACAAAGACAAUACUCAAGAUCAGUGCUGCCACAGUCAUGGGGAUCAUGGCCACAACAGUCGUUGUCAUAAAUUUGGUCCGUAACUACGACAACUUCGAUGAGAACCAGUGCCAUGGCCUUUACCUUAACCUCGACCCCAUGAUCUGUCAUGUGCGCUAUGUCUGUCAUGUAGGGAUUUCUUUCUUUACGCUGGUCUGGAACUUGUUGGUUGGGUUUGUCAUGCUGUCGGUGUGCCGUACACACACCAUAGGUCUUCGCCGUUUCAUCAAAGUUUUAGAGGAGGACGGGAAAGCCUAUGUUGUCUACAGACAAAAGAUCGCAGCGGCCCAGACACAGUACUUAAUGACCAGUCAACAUGCAGACUCUUAUUACUAUGAUCCUUUGGAAGAAGACCAGUACAUGUGGGAUGAUGACCUCACCAUACUGUCGGACAGUGACUUUCUGGGCAUGCCCGGACAGCGCCCCCAUCUUACUCCCUCACGGAAUGUCAAUAUCCCCAACCAGAGAGCACAGGGAACGGGAGAGCACUCACUGCCUUCCAGCUUACCACAGGGAAUGGGACUUUCUACUUCUCAGGACGAACAGUAUUUCAUGAGCAGACCACGCCAGAUCAGCCUGUCUGCCCCACAUGGAAGCUACAUCCGAGGUAGAAGACUAACAAACAGACAGACGUCUGCAACAGACGACGAGCUGGAGGACCAGGAUGCAAAGCAAAGAAAAGGGAAAAUAGUUGCAUCUGAUAAACAGCAGCACCAAGAUGAGGCCCAGGUGGAAUCAAAACCAGCUUGUAGUAAUGAAAAUGAUGAGAAGAGGAAAGCAGGGGGUCAGAAUUUAGACCAAGACAGUGUGCUGCUGAAUAUUGAAGAAGACGGAGAAAAUAUCAGCGCUUCCUGCAGCGUGGAUCUCACUCCAAGUCCAUGCUUAUUGGCACAUAAGAGGGCAAGCUGUCAGUCUGAGACUGGAAGUGAGGCCUUAAUGUCUAAAAUUCUUACAAAUGAAGAUAUCUUGGUCUCAUAUUGGAGAAUAUCAUCACGUCUACGAGCCACAUCCCUGGCGAUGCAAAGAUGGUUGGCCUCAUGGAUAUUCUUCAUCACUCUUUGGUCUGCAAACUACGUCAUCUAUUGGCUGUCUCACCCGGCAACGAUUGCUGGGAUACUGGAGGUUGCCUUGCCACUGUGUCUUCUACCUCUGGUGUGUUCUGCCUUUGCUGAGGUGAACAAUGAAGCAACAAGGCUUGUAAAGUGUGUGUGUCCCACUGGAGAGAGACUGGGGCUGCUGAGUUACCUGGAGAAAUACCCACUGGAGAUGACACUGUUUGGGUAUCGUCUCUCAUACGGUGACAUUCUCAAGGUCAUUCUCGCCUUUGCCCUCGCCUUCUCUUCUCGUAUCAUCUUGGAUGAGGUGUUUGGAAGUGGGGGAGUGCCAACACCAUCACCGACGUCAUCACCAUCCUCAACUGUAGCUGCUGUGACCGAUGUGUUAAAUUCAACCAGUCUCUUAUGAUGUACAGAAGUAAAAGACUCUGUGGACUUCAGCUGCUGUAAAGACAGAGUCAAAAGUCAGUCUUUAGUAAAAAUACCAAAAUAUUCUGAAUGUGUACUUUCAUUCAAAAAAGUCAGUGUUAGGCCUUUCGAAGGAGGGGGUAUGUGGGGGUAUGUUUUACUAAGGCAGACUUGCUUAUGUUUAAGGAUGCGAGUUACUUAAAUUAUUCAAUGGACAACUACAUGUCUCUCCUGGUUUUAAGUACUGGUACACCAAAUUCUUUCUGUCUUAAAAGUUCAGACCAGCAAGCUUUUACUCUUUUUGUGAAACUGGGGCAGAAUUGGCCAUAUUAAUUAGAACAUUGGCAAAACCAGAGGACACCAUAUAUUAGCUUACUCAGUCUACAAUGAUUGAGUACUUCUAAGAAGACGGUAUGACAGGUAGUUCCUUUGGACUUAAAAGACUGAUGUCAGAAGACUCUCACUUGGCUACUAAUUUCUAGACAACCAAUUUAUGAAGUAAUUCAUUAAAAAGGUCAACUAGUCAGUUGUAAAACAGGCAUCACUGCAAGCUUCUUCUACUGAUUACCUUCUAACUUGUAAUAUAGAAAGAAGAAUUGCCACUAAGGUUGGCAAAGAUGAGUAAUUUUUCUGCCAAAUUUUAAUUAUUUUGGCUUUCUUCUAAGUGGAAGCACUGCAUUUAUUUAUUCUCUGGCAUUAAAUUAUUACAAGCACCUUAAUAAGACAUUUAGAAGAUCAUAAUACGAUAGGAUUCAGGGAGAUUUAGUAUCAUUUUUAUAGAGAUUGGCAAAAUAAGAAAAAUUUACUAGAAAUUAUAUUCCACAUACUGUCAGCAUUUUAUCAUAUUUAGAUGUUUCAAUUGUAAUACUGAGAUGUUUCAAUAUUUCGGUAAAAACAAAAAAGGGCAUUUCGGAUACCAGGGUGUUGCAAUAAUGUAUAAAUAUGUACCGUUUUUUUGUCCUUUUAUAUGGCCAAUUUAAAAGUGAUAUAUUUAACAAAUUAAAUCAGGUUAGAGUGAUAGAUUUGAAGCCAGUAAAUAUUAGUCCAUUUAUGAAUCUCAAUAUUGAUUUUCCCCCCAUUUCCAUGUUAACAACUUAUUUAAUGGAGGUGGAAAAUGGCUCACUGAAAUUUUCUGUGAUUCUGUAGCAAAUGGGUGUCAAGAGUGACAGGUAAUAGAAGUAACCUUGCCAUUUGUUUGUGCUAUUGCUAUGGUUACUCAUCUUUGGACAGCCAGCAGCAUUCAUUUUGGGGAAGAGGCAGCCACUUUUGUAAAUUUGUAUUAAUUAUUUGAUUAUUUUGUUGAAGAAAAUACCGUUUUACCUUUACCAUGAAUUGUAAGAUAAGAUAGUGUAAUACUAUAUGAAUUGUUGCCAUUAUGUAAAUUGAUAUCUGAAUUUUGGAAUAAUUGUGCUUGUUUGUCCACAGAGGCUUGUUAGUUGUUCAUUAAGUGGACUUAUCACAUGGUUUUGUAUCUAGGAUAGCAUUUGUUAAGUCUUUACGUGGAAUGAAAUUGUUAAUUUUUCAAGAAUUUUUUUCGAGUCUUGCACCAAGUUAAUAAAAUGUAACAUAUGAUGAAAUUACAUAUGCGUUUAUCACUGACAACUUGCUUCCAUCAUUAGCACUUCUGUGGCAUUGC